AAGAAGAUGGCUCCUCAAGAAGUUCUUCUUCUUGUUGUUAUUGGUGCCAUUUCUUUCCCGCCCAGCUCUGAGGAGGCUCUCAUUUCAGGUUUCAUUUUCUUCACACAAAAAAGAAGGAGGAGGCUCCCUUUCGUCCUUUUCUCCUCCUUCAUUUCAAGGGAAAGACAAAGAUUGGUUAUUUUUAUUUGAUUUCAUUUUUAAAAAGCCCCGAUUCCUCCUUUUUUUGCCCUGAAGGGACUGCUCUCUCUGAGGCGACAAGGCUCUCUCUCUCUCUCUUUCCUCCUGAGUGCUAGAAUUAAGCUUUUGAAUUCUUCAUCACACCUUCCCAUUUUGGAGUCCAGAUGUCUGCAACUUCACUUGGUCCUGAUUAAGAAAUACUAUUGUCAAACUGAGUUUCUGCCUAUUGUCACACCCAAGACUUUUCUGUUCGGAUCUUUCCGGAAAGUGGGAUUCAGUCUUCAAUUCUCAAGGGUGCUAUCAGCCUUUGUGGUCAUGGGACCUAGCCUUUUAAUCGUAUCUCUGUUUGUGUGCAUCUGGCUAUAUGAAGUGGAUUCCCAGAACCAUGUUAAGGUCCCGAAGGAGCAGAGAAUGGUACACAGUCUCCUGAUCAAUGAGGUGAAUGCAGAUAGUCCAGGAGAGGACACCUUGGAGUACUUGGAGCUGUAUCAUAUCAGUGGCCGACGGGCUCCUUUGGAUGGCUACUCCUUGGUCUUGUACAAUGGCAAUGGCAAUGUGGCCUACAAUGUCAAAAAUCUUCAGGGCCUUUUCACUGAUGACCAAGGCUUCCUUCUCAUGGGAUCUGCUGCUGUUGUCCCAAAGCCAAAAGUAAUCCUUCCUAAAAACACAAUCCAGAAUGGGCCAGAUGCUAUUGCUCUCUAUUUUGGGAGAACAGACUUGCACGUUGACAUGGAAGUGACUAGUGAAGGGCUGGUGGAUGCUUUGGUUCACAAGUCUAAAGAGAACGACAGAGCGGAUGAGCUGGUUGCUGUUCUCACCCCUGGAGUGGAGCCCUUUUUGGAGGACCCUCUUUUCAGGACCACAGAUGAGUCUCUGGAGAGGUGCCAGGGGGCUGAUUCUCAAUGGUUCUUCCAAGUCGGCGUACCUACCCCCAGCUUGGAUAAUCACUGUAUUCCUUUUUCACAGCUGAAUGCAUCCUUUUUGUUGAUCAAUGAGGUCAACAUUGCAUUCACUGAGGGAGAGUUUGAGUUCAUAGAACUGCAGGGCCCUCCUUCUUCCGUGGUGAAAGAUGUGGUGCUGGCAUUGAUUGAUGGGAAGAGCCAAGAAAUGUACUUCAUCAUGGAGGUACGCGGCAAAACCUCUCCUGAGGGGCUGCUGCUUCUUGGUCCAGAGCACCCAGAAGUUCCAGUAGACGUGAUGUUCCCCCAAAACUCUACUACCCGCCUCCUCAGAACUGCUGAUGUCAACGCUGUUGUACUAUAUAGUGGGUCUGCCAGCAACUUUGCUAUAGGGGACACAGUGUUGGCCACGAACCUUCUGGAUGCCUUCGUCUACACAGGCGGGAAUGCCAGUUCAAAGCUGCAGGACAUCCUGACCCCUGGGAAAUCUCCUUUCUAUGUGAGAGAGCGAUCACUGCAGAAUUAUACCUCUGUGAGCCGGUGCUUCUGUUGCUCUCUCACCCGUGAUCCUUCUGUCUAUGCUGUCAGCCAGCCCACACCUCAGCAAUUCAAUGACUGCCCCAAGAAGCGCUUUAGUCAAGAAAUUUCCUUGUGCUUUCAGGUUGCAGAUUGUCAACAAGGGUCCCCAGAAAAAAGCGAGAUACUGAUGUAUUUGGCUGAGGUUGUACGUGAAAAGUGCAAAUGUAACGUUCAUCCCAAUUCUUCCAAAGAUUGCCAGCAGCAGACCUCUGAGAAAAAAACAGUAACAAAGUCUUUGUCCAUAGCUUUGGAAAAAGAGCAUGACUGUGAAAUCUCUCCAGCUUUUUUCAAAGAUUCUGCUGUGGUGUGCCAGGGGACAGAGCUGAUUUUCAGUGCUCUCCUGACUGCCAAAUCGGCAGCACAGCUUGACAGCUUGAUGCAAGCCUUCUCAAUUGUUGUAGACAUGGAAGAGGAGCUGAACUUUGGAAGGUGGAACUUCAUGGGAGUGAAUGCUUGUCUGUCUCAGGCAAAUGUGACCAACAUGCCUCCAGGAGUAAUACCAACAGAGCCAAGAACAACCAAAGCACCUCCAGCUCCACUGACACUGCUUAUCAAUGAAGUGAAUCCAGACAACCCAGGAUCUCGAGAAGAUACAGAGUACAUUGAACUCUUCUAUCCUGGACCAGCACCCUUUGAGCUCUGGAACUACUGGCUUGUCCUCUACAAUGGCAAGAACAACUUGGCUUACUAUGUGGUGAAGCUGGGGGGCUACCAUACUGACAAGCGGGGCUAUUUCCUGGUGGGAAGCGCUGGUGUGACUCCUCGGCCCUCAAUUAUUCUGCCUGAUAAUACCAUCCAGAAUGGAGCAGAAGCUGUUGCUCUCUACCACAGCCCAAAGGCCAUCUACAAAAUAAACAUGCCAGUGACUGCUGAGGGGCUGGUGGAUGUUGUGGUGUACAAGUCCAGGGGUUCAGACAAGGCCGACAGGCUGCUUGCUGUCCUCACCCCAGGACAGAGUGUCGUGCAUGAGAAUGAAUCUCACAGCACUGAGGAUGAGUCUCUCAGCCGAUGUCUCAGCCUGAGCCCAAGAGACCAGAGUAGCUUCCAGGUAACAGAAAUAACUCCUUUCCAGGAAAAUACUUGUCCAUCUCUUAGCUUGAAUUCCACAGAAGAAACUCUCCACAACCAUUCCAUUGUCAUCAAUGAACUGGGCAUGAACAACGACUCUCUUCUAUAUCAGUUUGUUGAGCUGAAAGGGAAGCCAGGGGUCAAUCUGAAAGGAUACACACUGAAGUUCUUUACUGAGCAUAAUACCAAGCUAUACUUCAGCAUCCCACUUCAGGGCACAUUUGGGAACAGCAGCCUGUUCAUCAUCUCACUUGAAGGAGAAUCCAUGGCUGACAACUUUCAUGAGCAGUCGGUAAUGCCCUCUGUUUGGAGUGAGCAGCAGCACAACCAUAGAGUUGCCCUGGUCAGGCAUAUACAAGCUCCUAAUGGUACUCUACUUCCUGAUGAGAUUGUAGAAGAUGUGGUCACUUUUACACAGGAGCCUCACACAAGCAAACUUAAUUCCAGUUUUCCUAUCUACUUUUUUUCAAGGAAAGAAAAAGGACCGUUCUCCUUGAGCCGCUGUUCUUCCUGCGAAGAAACCUUUGCUGUCUCUAAUCACACACCUGGCACAGAGAAUGUGUGUCCUCAGGAUUCUCUUUCCCUGGAUCUUGAGAUAUGCCUGCUGACAUUCAACUGUUCCAUGUGGCCUCAAAAUGCACUGAUUCUGGCUAGUCUCCAACAAACUUUAGUAAGAUCAAUGGAAGAGAGCUGUCAUUGCGGUGUGUCCUCAUGCUAUAUACAAGGGCUUAAUUUUACCUGCCUUCAUUCCAUCCUGAAACUCUCGGGCCAGGUAUGGGCCACAUCACCAGAACAGCUACAGCUGUUUAUCCAGUGGCGGUCUAGCUUGUCUACAAGUCCCCACCCAUUUCCUAUGGAAAUAAGACUUCUCAAAGGGAAGACAACAUGCUCCUCUCCAAGUGCAACAGCACUGUGGUCUGAAGGUUCCUUGCAAGCAUGGGAGAUUGCGCUGACUGUUUUGGGCUCCAUCUUAUUAGCACUGCUGUUAGCUGGUGUAGCAUUUUAUUGGAUCAAAAGACGUCCACAGAAUUACACCACCAUCGAGUUGAACGACCGCUGCGAAAUAAUGGCAGAAAUCUGACAUGGCCAGAACUCACUUACCAGAAAAAUGCUAUUUCUGGAACUCUUGAAGAACAGUAACUGUUUUAGUUGUUUGGCAUUUGCACAGAUGACCAAGAAUGUAACACUCUUCAUUCAUUUCAAACCCCUGGGACUAUUUAUUAUGAUGAUAAUUAUUUUGAUACCCAUGUUUAAAAUAACAACUGUCCUUUUAUUUCCAGGAUAUCUUCUACUUUGGUCCCCACUUCUGUUGCAUAUGCAAUGGAAGGCUUGUGGAGGCUAUCUCUGAUUUUUCUCCCACCCAUGCAUGUGGCUUUAUUAUUCAUCUCUUGAACAAAGGAGAUGCUGGUGCCUUUGCAGCUGGUGUGUGGUGGCAGAAGAACACUGAUUUGAUGUGCAAAAGGUCCUGAGUUCAAUUUCAAGUUUUUUUAAAAAAAGGAUUGUGUUAGGAAAGACAUCUUGCUUAAGACCCUGUAGUGAAGCUGCUGCUUAGUGUAAUUCAGACUGGGUCAUGAGAAGGGAGGUUAAGUAAAAUGGUGGCUGAUCAAGCCUACAUAUUUUUUGGGAAAGGGGGCUCUUAGGCAGAAGACAUGCUUUGCAUGCUGAAAGCCUUGGGUUCAACUUCUGGCAUCUCCAGUUAGUAGAAUCAGGUAGCACUGGAAAACUUUUCCUGCCUGAGAUCCAGCAAAGCUACUUCUAGUCAGAAUUGACAGUACUACACUGGAGUAGUCAAGACCUGUGGUGUGACCUGGCAUAAGGCAGCAUCCAGUGCCCUUAAACAGCAGUGGGACUUGCAAGAUAGUUGUGUUUAUGAAUGUACCUAAAAACAUAUGUUAAAUUUUAAGCCUUUUGGUGUUGUGUGUUAAAGCUGGGGAAUGAAGGGGCAAGCAUCAGAUGACAAAAAUGGAGCUUGUUGGGACUAGAUAAAGACUACAAGGAAGGACAAUGUGGUUACAGUUAUUGCAGGGCCCACUGUAAACAAGUGGAACCAGUUCGUAGAGCACCAGGACCAUGUGCUUAUUGAAAACUUUACAUGUUGUUAUUUGGGUUGGUGUUACCUCUGCUUCCAGGGUGGGGAAACUUUGACAUUCCAAGUGUCCUGAACAUCAGUUCCCAGAGGCACUGAUCAAUGGGUUGGCCUUCCCAAGGAAGCUGAAGUGCAAACCGUGGGGGAGAGCCAGUGGGUACCCAUUCCUGCCCUAAAGCAAGAGAUACCUGCUUUCACGGGGGAAGCAAAGAUUGUGGAUUCCCAAAGUUUACAAAGCUACUUGUUUAAAUUCAUUCCUGUUAUUGUGCUUGAAGAAUGUGUUGUUAUAUGUUACAGUGUUUAAAAAAAAAGACAUUUUGUGCUACUUGCUUAUUAUUGUUAUUUUUGAGGAAGGGUGCUCCGCUCGUGAUAAGAGAAUGAUGGCCUAAAGACUGAAAAAGUCCACACACAAAAACUGAGAGCAAAGAGAGGAUGUUAUGAAUUACACAAAUAAAGUAACUAUGUUCCCACAAA